AUGGUUCCCGGCACGUUUCGUGUCUUGGACAUUGACGUGGCCUUUGACAUUCAGGCUCUAGAGAUUAAUUCCUUGGGCACUCUCAUGGCUGUCAUAGGUGAGACUCAAAUCAAUAUAGUGGUAUUACCCUCUCUGGCCACUAUAGCCAAUAACCAAGCCGGCGCUGCGAUCAAAUGCAGAAACUAUACCAUUGAUCUUGGAUCUGGCUGUGUCGGUGUCAUUAAAGCUUUAUGGCAGGGCCUUGUUGUUCCUCAAGAUUGUCUUUUGGUGGUACUUACGUCUGAAAAUACCAUUCUAAUGUUCGACGUAAAUCUCAGCACGACAACUUACCAAAUUAAAGUAGACUUGAACCAAUAUGGAAUCAACGCUGUGUCUAUUGCAUUUGGAGCCACUAAUAAGAAUCUCGCUGGUAUGCUUACGUUGUACGUUGCUACUGAAUCAGAGAUUUAUGCCAUUUAUCCGUUUUUCAAGUCUACAAUGGGCAUUGCGUUGACUUCAGAAGUUGCUAACAAUUUUAUGGUCGAAUCCAAAUUCAUUUCUGAAAUCGUUGAUAAAGAGUUCCCCACCUAUAAUGCGUUGGUUUCCUUGAAGUGUAGUGGCUUCAAAAAGGCUGUUUUACGUCAAUUGUCUUUUGCCAAAAGUACCAUGAAUGCAUUUAUAAAGCAAAAAAAAUUCUCUAAUGACCCCCACGGAUUAGAAGUUGUGUUAUAUCAAUUGCCUGAUAGUGACUAUGACCUUCAAGGUCCAUUGAUAAGUUUCCCAAAGGACGGCCGGAAGUUGGUGGAUAUUUGUCAUCUUCAAGCAAACCUGCAAUUCUCAUCUUUGGCUGCUACAUUCGUGACAAAAGAUGGUUCAGUAGUGUUGAACACUUUGUCGCAACUUAGACCGCUUCUUAUGAGGUGGAAAGAAGAUCGUGAAUAUGAGGAUGAGAAGGUUGAACAACCAGUUGUUGCCAAAGGUCUGCUGAAGUCGACGGAGGAAUAUCAAAAACCUAAAAGAGGGUUUGGAUUUGUCUUAGAGGAGGAAGAUUCCACUAAGAAUGACCAAGUAUCACAAGACAUAUUGAAGGUGUUGAAUGCAAAGAAACAAGAAUCUGCCAGUAAUUUACAGCAAAUGAAGUAUUGGAAGGAGAACUUUACAAGAUUAACCAAAGUAUCAGAUAACUUGGUUUUUUCCAAACUUGAUCCUAAAGGUUCCUUUAGUCUCAUUUCAAAUCCUGUAAACCAAAACUUAAUUUGUUUAACAACAGAUGAACGGAGUUGUUUUGCUAAUAUCGAGCCUGUCAUUGACUCAUUGGCUUCUUCUUUCUUAUUGGGUAACACUCUUAAACUGAAACCUGCUGUUAACCCCAGAUUUCAAUUAGUUGAAAGUAUUACAACUACAAAGCAUAUUGCAAUUUUAAAUGAUCCCUUUGAGAACGAAUAUUUGAUUAGUUUGAACAAUCAGCAAUUGAAUAUUGCCAAAUGCAAGAUCACAAAGGAUUCAAUUAACCUCACACCAAAAAACAUUGAGCAGCAAAUUGUGGAAAAGAAGAUAGACGAAAUAGCCAUUGCUGCAGGACUUGAGAAGGAUCCCAUUGAUGAAUUAAUUGGGGAAAUUUCUCAAUUGAAAGUGGGGAUUUCAGUUGCUGAUAAUGCAAAGAAACGGUUGGAUCCUGCUGAUUUGGAAUCUGUUAAACGGUUCAAUCAUGUUUCAAAUGAAGUCAUAAGACAAGUCUCACAAUUGACCGAGUACCUUCUACGGUUAGAUAAGAGAAUAAAUAUGCAAUCGCAAAUAUUGAAGAAAGAAGUUGAAGUUUACAAUGAAAUUUCCGAAAAGAAACUUGGUGGUGGGUCCAAGACGAAACAAGACACAAACGAAGCCCGUCUAGCUGAAUUAUUGGCUCGUCAAGACAAAUCAAGAGAAGCUUUAGCUAGAAUAAAUAGGAAAGUGGCUGAUGCCAGUAUGGCAGUACAAAGAAACAAGGCCCUUGUUUUAUCAGAUGCUGAAAAGAAUUGGCUUAAAGAAUUGAAUCGAAUUGUGACUAAACUUACCGGAGAAAAGGGGUUGGAUCACCAGAUUAAAGACGCCAAUUUACAAGCUCAGAAAUUAAUUGAAGCCUGGAAGGGAGAAACUGAGAAACCACCACAAAAGAUUUGUUCGACUGACAUGGCACAGAAUUAUCAAAACACACAAGCAUUAAAUCGUAUCAAGGUUGAACUUUUCAACAUUGGGGAAUCAUUAAAGAACUUGAAAUUGAAGGCUUCCACAUUACUAGCAUACAAUCAAGAAGAAGUCUGUUAA